CUUCACACAGGAAGGGGUGUAUGCCUGCCCUGUGUUUGUUAUGUGCAAAACUGAUUAAUGCAAUGCAGCCGGUCUAAAAAACUAAGACAUCAGUGGCACUUCUUAGACAUUUGCAGGGUUUGAAUUCUUAAACUUUGGCAUAGGCAUACAGUUAUCUACCAUUUGAGCUACAGUAACUACCGGCAGGAGAAAGCUAUCAUCUGAGGGCACAACACAUGUGUAUGUGAACACCUGCAUCUAGAGAGUGGCUCAGGGGAGCCUGGAGUGCAUCUUUGCCCACAUCCUCCCAAAAGGACAGAACAAGAUGGGUGAAGAAACUGACAUGACAACCUAUGAUUAUUAUAGUGGCUCAGAACCAUGCCAAAAAGCUGAUGUCAAAAAAUUUGCAUCCCUGUUUCUGCCACCGCUUUAUUCUUUGGUGCUGAUAUUUGGCCUGGUGGGAAAUGCGCUAGUUGUGCUGAUCCUGAUAAAAUACAAGAAGCUGAGAAGCAUGACUGACAUCUAUCUACUGAAUCUGGCGAUUUCUGAUUUGCUUUUUAUUCUUUCCUUACCAUUUUGGGCUUACUACGCAGCAAGUGAGUGGGAUUUUGGAAAUGCAAUGUGUAAAAUUCUUUCAGGGGUCUAUUAUGCUGGCUUCUACAGUGGAAUUUUUUUCAUAAUACUUUUGACAAUAGAUAGAUAUCUGGCCAUUGUCCAUGCAGUGUUUGCUUUAAAGGCUAGGACGGUUACCUAUGGCAUCCUCACAAGUAUUGUCAUUUGGGGUGUUGCAAUAUUAGCCUCUCUUCCAGGGUUUAUAUUUCACAAAGCUAAAAGGGAGUCAUCUCAUUUUACAUGUAGCCCUCAUUAUCCAUUGGGACAGGAAAGUAAAUGGAAGCAAUUCCAGACUUUAAAGAUGAACAUCCUGGGACUUGUCAUUCCACUGGUCAUUAUGAUCUUUUGCUAUGCCGAGAUUAUAAAGACAUUACUGAGAUGUAGGAAUGAGAAAAAACAUAAGGCAGUCAGGCUUAUUUUUAUCAUAAUGAUUGUUUAUUUUCUUUUCUGGGCACCAUACAACAUCGUUAUUCUCAUAUACACUUUUCAAGAUUUAUUUUCCCUAAAUAACUGUGAGGGGAGCAGUCAGCUGGAGCUAGCAAUCCAAGUGACAGAAGCGAUUGCAAUGAUCCACUGUUGUAUCAACCCCGUGAUCUAUGCCUUCGCUGGUGAAAAGUUUAGGAAAUAUCUUUAUACCUUUUUCCGAAACCACAUUGCAAUCCAUUUAUGUAAAUAUUGCCCAUUUCUCUAUGCUGAGGCACCUGACCGAGUUAGUUCCACAUACACCCCAUCUACGGGGGAGCAGGAAUUCUCAGCUGCAUUGUGAAGGGUGUCUAAGUAAAAAAGUUACAUUCACUUUUGUGGAAACAGUUGUGCAAAGGACCAAAAUGCUUUGAAUACUUGGCUUUAAAGAGGCCACUAAAAGAGGGGUAACUACACAAUAUAGAUGCAGAUGAGUUUUCUCCAGGAAAAAAACAGCAUUUGUUCAUACAAACGGGUAUUUGUACAUUUAAAAAGGGGGUGUGCAUACCUAAUUCCUUACUUGGAUGUAUAAAUUUAGACUUUGGUAGAGACAUGUCCACCUCUUUUUUAGAAAAUACAAUAGAUAUGCCAUAUUUUGGUCAACUUGACCCUUGUGAUUUUGUUCUUUACACUAAGUCUCUGGGCUCAUGAAUAAACUUCCAACAUACCACUUAAGAGAAAGUAAAAUUUAGAACAUGAAAUGAGGUCAGAAGUGGAGACGCAUCAUCUUGAACUACCUCUCACAUCUUAGUACGAGAUAUGCCACUCAUUUGUAUUCAAAUGUAUUUCAUCCCACACAAACCUGGUGCUAUAUCAGUGUUAACUACAUUAAAUUGAUAUCUGUAAUACAAAAUCUUAAAAUUGAGAUCCUAGAAAAUGCCAUACAUUUGGGGGAAAAAAAUCCAGCAUUUCUAGUUGCUUCUGCUUUUUUUUUUUUUGGUUGUGUAUUGUCUUUUUUCACAUUAAAUUUUAAUUUGUUAACUA